ACUACUUUCUCGUUAGACUCACCGCGCGUCUUGUUGAUUGAUCACUUUACCCCUCGAAACCAGUUUUUCUGUUCACUUUCACUUUCCUCUAUUGUUUUGUUUUCUUCUGGAAAAACCCACGUAAGCACUCGGGGAAGAAUUAUGGGGAAACUCUGGACAUUCAUCACCCAGGUUCAUUCGCUUUCUGGGCCGGGGUUAACGUUGCUGUACCCCUUAUAUGCCUCUGUUAUAGCCAUGGAGAGCACAUCAAAGCUGGAUGACGAACAGUGGCUUGCUUAUUGGAUAUUGUACUCAUUCCUCUCUCUCAUGGAGAUGCUUCUCCAACCAAUUUUAGAGUGGAUACCAAUUUGGUAUGAUGUGAAGCUACUGCUUGUGGCAUGGCUAGUUCUACCACAGUUCCAAGGGGCAGCUUUCUUAUAUGAGAGAUUCGUGAGAGAGCAAAUCAAGAAAUAUAGAGGUGUGAGAUCAGAUGAUCAUCACCACAAGUCCCCCAAUGGCAGGGGCAAGACCAAGUUCGUGCAGUUCAUCGUUCCAAAGAAAGGGGAUCACGAGGCAUCUUGAAGAGAAAGGACUAUGGGGGACAUUAACAAUACAUUUUCCUUGCUGGUCGGGUGGAUCUUCUCCUUUAAUGUGUAGCUUUUCUGGUUUUUCUUCUCCAUGUUGUUGUGGUAUAUUUGACGGAUUGUACUAAAGUUUCUGACUUUAAAUCAAAAAGCAUUUAAUUUUCUGUUUACUAAUGAAAUCGAUCAGGGCCUUCUUCAAACCCUUUGAUUC